AUGUCGAUUCUUGUGAGGCCUUCAAAACGCAAGUUGGACGAGAUUGAGGGGCUCGCAGAACAGUUAAACAGACAACAUUCGAAUCCCUCUCAAUUCUUUCACCCACAUCUGUCUGAUCCCCCCGAUUUGGAUCAUGAGAAGGAUCCACCUCGCCAGAAAAAUGUCGACUUAAGUCGUUCACCGGAGCGGCCAGAUACGCCUGAUCACUUUCUCUUGCACGAAUCACGAUCCGGUCCGGGGAUACCGGCUUGUUUUGAAGGCCCAGUCCAGACGCAGAGGAAAUUCCUUCCGAACGCCUCCAUUGUGUUGAUUGGCAUUCGCGGUACUGGCAAGUCCAGCCUCGCCGUUAUUUUAGCUGCAGCCUCUGGAAGGCGCCUCAUAGAUGCGGGCCAAGUUUUCCAACAAUUAACAGGUCGCUCCCGAGCCGAAUAUAAGAGGGACUUCGGUCUUGCUGAAUACCGUCAGCAGGAGGUGAGGAUUAUGGAGUCGAUGCUCGAAGAACAUAAGGAGGGCUGGGUCAUCGCGUGCGGCCCAGGUUCAAUGGAGCGCCGGGGGCAGAUGCUACUUCGAGAAUAUGCAAAAACACAUCCUGUCAUCCAUAUCAUUCGGGAUUCUCAGAGCAUCCAGUCUUACCUGAAUGCAUGGGAUAUAGAUAAAGUUCGACAUUUUCUGGAGUUAUCGGGGCCAAUCUAUCGGACGUGCUCAAACCUGGAGUUCUUCAACGUCUCCGAAAAGGGUACGGGAAACCCGACACUUUCCAAGGAGAGCCACCAAAACUCUCCAAUAGGGCUUGAAAUGGACCAGCGUUCGGAGACAUUCACGCCGUUCUUGACUCUGAAAAGGCUGCAGCGCGACUUUCUUCGUUUUAUUGCCUUCGCAAUAGGAGAUGCCACGUAUCUGCGCAAGCAACACCAAUCAUUCCCCUUAUCAAUGCAGCCGGUCCAGAAACGCAUGUAUACCUAUGCUGCUAUUGCACCAUUGUCUUCCCUUAUGGAGAGAAAUUUCGAUAUCGAGGACCUAGAGUCAGCCGCAGAUGCAUUUGAACUAAAAGUAGACGUGACGGAUGGCUCUUCUUCUCAACUAGGCGUUGACCCUACCCUCUUAGAUAGGAUCAGCCAGACUGUGGGUACCAUCCGACGAAGCAUUAUUAUCCAGUUGAUCUACCAUGUGGACAGUAGUAUAGCCUCGAAUGCCUCGACUGCACCGCAGAAUAAGCAGUUGCGUCGCUCUGAUACCGCAUAUCUCAAUCUAGUACAGCAUGGACUACGGCUGUCUCCUGGGUUUUUAACUGUGGAUCUGUCUUAUGACGAUUCUAUACUGUCACAGAUCAUUGCCUCCAAGGGAGCAAGCAAGAUCAUAGGGCAUUUUGAAGCCCUGCAACGACCCUCGGAAGGCUGGGAUGACCACAAGUAUCAGGCAUUAUACGAACGAGCGAGAAAGCUAGACUGCGACAUGGUCAGAUUGAUACAGCCGGCAGAAUCAAUCGAAGACAACUUCGCUGUCCAACGCUUCCGACAUCAUAUCCGGUCUCUCCCAGGAGGAGACGUGCCUCUCAUAGCCUAUAACUCUGGACCUUUGGGCCGAUUAUCCUGUUGUUUCAAUGAGAUCUUGUCGCCCGUAGUCCAUCAAUCGUUGAUGCCAGACACCCAUACCAAGAAUCUAUCAUGCAUCACAUUACGCGAAGCACAAGGAGCUCUCUAUUCCUCCUUCACCCUCGAUCCCAUGCAAUAUUUUGUGUUUGGCGCCAACGCGACCUACAGCCUGUCGCCGGCCAUGCAUAAUUCCGCGUAUCGACAAUGCGGCCUCCCUCACGUAUAUAAAAUCCAUCAGUCGUCGUCGCUUAGAGGGCUCAACGAACUAGUCGAGAACCCUCACUUCGGUGGAACCAGUGUCAGUCUACCGUACAAGACGGAAUGCAUACCUCUCCUUCAUUCAAUGUCCCCGCAUGCGCGCGCCAUUGGCGCUGUGAACACAUUGAUUCCCAUCCGAGAUCUAGCCAGCAAGGCCUUAAAUGCGGAAGAUUCCACCCUUUACAUCGAGAAAAGCCGAGCUGGCCCCGUCAAAGCCCUGCACGGGGAUAACACUGACUGGAUCGGAAUCACCAAUUGCUUUCGUCGUGGACUGUCACCAGCCAACGCAAUUCGUCCUUCCUCGACUGGACUGGUCAUUGGGGCAGGUGGUAUGGCGCGUGCCGCCAUUUACUCGAUGAUUCACAUCGGUGUCGAGAAUAUCUUUAUUUACAAUCGCACCGUUUCCAAUGCCGAGAGGCUUGCUUACCAUUACAACCGUCAGAAUCUCCACGUCCAUGGCAGUGACUCCCCUGAUGGCCGGCGACCAAAGUUCCACAUCCUGAAAUCCUCGCACGACCCUUGGCCAAUCGCGUAUAAACAGCCCACCGUGAUUUGUUCUUGUAUCCCAGCACAUAGUAUCGGUGGUCAACCCGCACCUAAUACGGAGAUGCCUUUGCAGUGGCUUGAGAGUUCUACAGGGGGUGUUGUGGUUGAUCUAGCCUACAAACCCCUGAACACACCACUCAUAAAACAGAUCCGAUCACUCUCCCACCGCGGCUGGGUCGCCCUCGAUGGUCUAGACGUCCUCCCCGAGCAGGGAUUCGCCCAAUUCGAACUCUUUACCGGCCGUCGUGCCCCCCGACGACUGAUGCGCACCGUCGUAUUGCAAGAAUACAGAGGCGAAGAAGGCCAGUAUGAUCCUAGUGCCAUCCAGAGCCGUUUGGAGCACCUGGAUGGGCAGCCAACUUGA